AACAUCCUUUGUUUAGCUGGCUAGCUAGUUGUACAGGCGAAAGAUGUCGGCCUGGUCUGAGGAGACGGAGGGUCCAAAUGACGUUGUCGGUGAAUUGCACCCUCCAGAACACAGAAUCCGUUCAGCCGUGUGGACACAUUUUGGAUUCAGAAAAAAAGACGGAGUUAUUAUUAAGAGCGACUGGCCAAUUUGUAGAGCAUGUGGCAGAGCCAUACCGACCAAAGCAGGUAGCACAUCAAACCUUAUACACCAUCUGAGAGAGCGACAUCCGUCACGUUACGCCGCAAUGCAAAACAUGAAACAUCCUGAACUUUUGGUGAAGUCAGAACCCAUUGAUGACCCAGUCACCCCUAACCAAACUGUUAUAGAUACUAUGCCAGCUGAAGCUGAAACCAGCUCUAAAUGGGAACCAAUGGAUAGUCGUCAAGUUGCUCUUACAGACAGCAUUGUGACAUACAUUGUAAAUGGACUCCUUCCCCUCUCUACUGUAGAAAAUAAGGAUUUCAUCGCAGUUUUGCAGUUGGCUGAACCAUUAUUCAUAAUGCCUUCUCGGAGAGACCUCACCGAGAACCUCAUUCCUCAGCGCACCACUUCUGUAAAAUAUCAUUUAAUUAAUCAGAUGCAUAAUGCCUACAAUAUUUGCCUGACAGUGGAUCUAUGGUCAAACCGAUCCAUGAGAUCAUUUUUUGGCAUGACGGGUAAUUUCAUGUCAAAUUUUACAUUGCAGAAUGUAACAUUGAGUUGCCAGCGAUUCAAAGGAAGACUUACAGCGGAGAACAUUUGUGGAAUGUAUGAGGAUAUUUUAUCAACUUAUGACAUUAAGAACAAAGUAUCAUUCAUUGUUACUGAUAGUGCAUCUAACCUGAUAAAGGCAUUCAACCUCUUCCCACCAAUAACUAAUAUUGAUGGUGAAGAGGAGGAACAGGAUGACACAUCUGAUCUUCAUGUGGUGAACAUUGAUGAGGAGAUAAUGUACUUCCCUCCAGAAAGAAGUCCAUGCUUUGUCCACACAUUGCAACUUGUGGUUCGUGAUGCCCUGGAUCAAGUUGGUUCUGUGAAAAACUUGCUAGACAAAAUCCAAAAACUUGUGUCUUUCUGCCAUAAGUCUCCAGUCGCUACUGAGAUUUUAGGAGAUCACAAGAUUUAUCCUGGGAAUGCUGCCCGUUGGAAUAGCCAGUUGAAGAUGCUGAAGUCGGUCCUUAACAUUCCCAGUUAUGUCCUUGCUCAGCUACAGUGCUCUGUCCAGCUAUCGUCCACUGAAUUUAAAAUCAUACAGGAAUUAUGUGUGGUGCUGGAGCCCUUUGAGGAAGUGACAGAUAGGUGUCAGGUAGAGAAAGUAGUAACCUCCAGCUUGGUGAUUCCAUGUGUUCGAGGUUUAAGGCAUGCAGUCAAAAACAUGAAGAUGACUGGCAACAACAACUUGGUGUCCAUUCUCCAGAGCUUGGUUGAGAAGCAUCUUGCAAAAUUUGAAGACAUUCAGUGCUUUCAGAUGGCUUCCACUCUUGACCCAAGAUUCAAACUGGACUGGUGUACUGGUGAAGAAGUAAACACCAUAAAGGAUCUCCUCAUAGGAAAAGUUGAGUGUCUCUCUCCAAAAUUCAGUGCUGGCUAUAGUGACUGGACUGCCCAACCAGUGAAACGUCCCAAACUCUUUUCCUACAUGGAGAGCCAAACUAGUCCAUCAGAUAUCGCUAAAGCUACUCGUGAUGUCAUUGUAUACUUGAGUCAACCAUGUUUAGCAGAGGAUGCUGACCCUUUGGCCUACUGGAAAGGAAACCAAACCAGCUUUCCUGAGCUAGCACAACUUGCCUACACCUGGACACCUGUAUUGAAGUGAGCUGAUGGCAUACUGGAAGUGGUCGAGCGGAUCAUGGACAAGCGGAAGAGCAAGAAGGGCAGGGUGGAGUACCUGGUACGCUGGCGGGGCUACAGCUACGAGGGCGACACGUGGCAGCCGGAGAUGCACCUGUCCAACUGCAUGGAGUUCAUCCACGAGUUCAACCGGCUGCAGGGUGAGCUACAGCAGGACGGGCCCCCCCCCCACUCUGGGCCUGGUGCCGCUAAUAAUGCCCGCAAGCAGAUCUGCAGGCCGCAGCCCAGCGAUGGCCCCAGGGCUGCCUCUUCCAGUCUCGCUACUGUCCCCUCUGUUCUGAAGCAGCAACAGCAGCUUCUGUUGCCUGCCUCCGGCGACUUGAACGGUAAAUCGGAUGCACAGCAUCUCCCGCCUGCUGCGAAGUACCACCGCCUGGCUGAGACAGCCCCGGGAAUGGUCGGAAUGCACGGUGUGGGCACCGGCUGCCGGAGCAUGGACCUCACAAGGUCUGGCAUCAAGAUCUUGGUGCCCAAGAGCCCUAUGAAGAGCCGUGUUGCUGGCGAGAUGUCGCCCAGCGAGGCUGCCCACAGCCUCCAGCAGGCAGGCCAGGAGCCCGACUCUGUGCCCCCAGAGGUAUCCCUGCUAGAAAAGCCUGUGGGGGCCCUGCUGGGGCCCAGGGAUGAGAGAGCCCGCAUGGGCACACGGCCACGGACCCAAACCAUGCUCCCCCCACCUCAGGUCCCCAUCACAACCGCUGCAGUGAAGUCCCUCAAUGGCAAAGGUUCGUCCUCCUUCAUGGAAGCUUUAGCAGCUAAUGGCUCAGUGAGCCAACAGAGCACCCCCAUGGGGUCGCUGGGUGUGGCGCCCAAGCGGCGCUUUGAGGAGCGCUCGGCCUUCGACAGACGGCUGCGCUUCAGCGUACGGCAGACGGAGAGUGCCUACCGCUACCGCGACAUCGUGGUGAAGAAGCAGGUUGGCUUCACGCACAUCCUGCUUUCCACCAAGUCCUCAGAGAACAACUCGCUGAACCCCAAUGUGAUGCGGGAGCUGCAAGGCGCCAUGAGCUCAGCGGCGGUGGACGACAGCAAACUGGUGCUGCUCAGCGCAGUGGGCAGUGCUUUCUGCUUUGGCCUGGACUUCGUCUACUUCAUCCGGAAGCUCACAGACGACAGGAAGAGAGAAAGCUCCAAGAUGGCCGAGUCCAUCCGGACUUUCGUGAACACCUUCAUCCAGUUCAAGAAGCCCAUUGUGGUAGCGGUGAAUGGGCCGGUGGUGGGCCUGGCUGCUGCCAUCCUGCCACUGUGUGACGUUGUCUGGGCCAACGAGAAGGCCUGGUUCCAAACACCCUACAGCACCUUCGGCCAGACGCCUGAUGCCUGCUCCUCCAUCACCUUCCCUCGCAUCAUGGGCUUGGCCUCCGCCAGCGAGAUGCUGCUGAGUGGCCACAAGCUGACAGCCCAGGAGGCCUGCACCAAGGGCCUGGUGUCCCAGGUCUUCUGGCCAGGGACAUUCAUGCAGGAGGUCAUGGUGCGCAUUAAGGAGCUAGUCUCUUGUAAUUCCUUCGUAAGUCAUUAAUCGUUCAAUUUGUUUUUGUAUUCUUUUGUGACUCUUGCUUUUCCUCACAGCCUCACAAAGAUUGUGCUCAUGUUUUUCUUCUUUUGUCCAAUGUCUGUUUUCUAAUUAUUAAUUGCUUAAAUGCCACAAAAAAUCUCCCUUAUGUAACUAGAUACAGCUCCAGUGGAGAGCAGAAAUUAUAUUAACUAAAGUGAACAUAACUUAAGCAGAAUGUCUUGUCAGUUUUAUGAAACAACAUUAAUGUCAGGGUGACCUUUGCUGGUCUGUAUCCCCUGAUCAGCCCAUGACUCCUCACCAUUAAUAGUGAGAGAUAUUUUAAUGCUUUCAAUUCACUUUUUAUAUAGAAAAGGGGAAUUUAUGAAUUGCAUAAUCCACUUUAAGGUGUUCUCUAAGGUUUUGAUUUUUAUAGCUUUUAUUUGUCAUACAUUUAGGCAUUUUUCACCAGUCAGUGUAUCUUGCUGAAAGGUAACAGCACGUGUGCAUCAUAGAAGCAUCCAUGCUCCUUAGACAGGAAAUGGCUUCCUCUGGGUCAUUGCUGUAAAGACAGAGGCUAACCACCUUCCUGUAGCGCGCGCACGCACACACACACACACACACACACACACACACACACACACACACACAAAUACACACACUAAAUAUUCUUCCAUAUUUUGAGCAUAUUGUUCAUAUAUCUUUUUAAAGCAACACCAUUCCGAAUACAAGUGAAAUUGGCCUCGCUUUGACAUUAAUGAAUAUACACUCACCUAAAGGAUUAUUAGGAACACCAUA